GUCAGAUCCAGGUAGAACACGCGCGAGAGACAGUGCGGUGCGAGCAAGGCAACUCCGGCGCGCGCGGCCCGAGCAUUCCCACGCUGCGACUCGCCCCGCCUGAGGCAGAGCUCAUCGCGCCAGACGACCUCCAGCACGCUCGCCCGCUCCCCAGAUCUCAAAACUAA